CCACGCGGGGAAGGAAGGAGGAUCAAAUAUCCCAUUCACAAAUUUGUGGGGCAGCAGAAAAUACCUAUGAUUCCCAGCCCCGGAACGGACAACAUUGUGAUGUCAGUAUGAGGAAGAACAACAUUUGUUUUUUUUUGGUCCUUAAAAGGCAAAUUAAAUCUCAAGGUUAUAUGCAAUUCUCGGUACCAUGACCACAGACAUUUCGAUACAUGGUCUACCAUCCUACUCAUUGCAUCCUACAUUUUCACUUUGGUCCGAGGACAGCAGCCAGGGCAGUUUGUCUUUACGGCGUGUAAUUUUUAACCACCAGUGACGCGGAAUGGAUGAUGUGAACUAGUGGGCUGCAAACCACAGCCUUUGCAUUCUGAACGCCUUCCCCUCGACUGUGAGCGACGUUCCCCCGCAGGACUGAUAUGGAAUCGAAAGUUCAUCCGUCAGCUGAAAACAUGACCCGUUUCUUGGGGGUGAACUUUCAGCAUCGUCGUCUGUGAGGCACGAGCUCCAUGGCCUUCUGGGAAAUAUCUAACAGCAAAGACAGCAUGGAGCCCACAGCAGGCGGUAGCGUCUCCUCCACGGCAGCGGAGUCCGACAUUUACCGCAGCCUCCAGGCAGUACUCAGAGAGGUGGACUGCCGCCACCCCGCCUCCCUGUUCAACCGAGGGAUGCUGCGUUGGACUCUGCACAAGAAGGUCCAGAACCAUCCCAUGAACAGCCUCUCCCUGGUGAAAGUGGUGGUCAAGGAGCUAGAGAGGGCGGAAAGGCUGGACGUUAAGACGUACAUUAUUCCGCUCCUUCACACUCUCAUCUAUGCUGUCAUUCAGGCUUCUUACAUUCCGGACGAACUAUACAAGCGGGUGUAUGACAUCUGCAAGCGGCUGCUGAUCCUGCCGCAGCCGUACUGCAUCGUGGGCCUCGGCUACGCCAAGCACAUGAAGACGGAGAUGUCCACGCCAGGUGUGAUGUACCAGAGGAUGGUACUUGCCGAGCAGAACUUGAAAACUGAGUCAUAUCCCUUCCAUGAGAAGGUGCUGGUGUUUGCGGACCCCAGUGUCUUCUCGGGACCUCUUGGGGAAGCCGUGAGGGCCGACAUGGAGCCGACGGGCUCGAUCCGGGGCUCACUGGGCCAUAUGUGCAGUGUGAUCCAGCACACGGUGCAGGCGGCACUGGGGGAGAGCUGCCAGGGCUCCGUGCUGGCCGGGGCCCUGGGGGACAUUGGCCAAGACGUCGAGCCGUACUUCCAGGAAGUGGUGGCAGCAGUGGAGCAAUCUGCAGAGGAAAUCAGCACAGAGCGCGCCCCGCACACCGCCAAGCUGCAGCAGCUGUACGACAAGAUCCUCGCCGCUGCUCGCCGGGAGACGGCCCCAGGUCAGUCCGCAGAACCAUCAUCCCAGUCCCCGUACGCCUCUCCGCUUCCCAAUCCGGAGUUCAGCUUCCACCUAUGGAAGGAGGAUGACGACCUCUGGAAGGAGCUGGCGAAGCGUUUCCGCCCAGCCUCCAUGACGGAGCAGUACUCCAUUAGCCAGGAUGACUUCGACGUGGCGGACCUCCCGGCGGACCUGGGCUCUGACAUGCCGCGGUACUCCGUCAUGUCCACAGAUAGUGGCAUCGAACGGGAUCUGCCGGCGAUUGAGCUGCUGGGGAUAGGUGCCGAUACCCCCGCGGGAGGCAGCGGGGCCGUGCAGGAACAGCAGGAGCCAGUCCGUCUCAAUCGCCGGGGCGGCAUCAGGAUGAAGCCGUCCGUGACGGACAGCAUGGUGCUCAUCCAGGACUCCCUGGAGGAGGGGGGCACCAGCGGUACGCUGCUGAGGAAAGCGGGCAGCGGGAGCACCCCGUUGCCUAAGCAACAGCGCCACUUCACUGCUCGUGUUGUGGUUAUGGGUGACGACAGAGUGCUGGGAAAGCUCGCCAGGGCCUACUACUCCCUGAGGAAAAGGGAGGCAAGGCGUCUGUUUCUGACGACAAGAGUCAAUCUACAGAUGUACUAUGUUCCAGUCACCAAUGACCCUGCUGCAACCUCUCCUAGAAAUGAGAACGUUUCAUCAAUGAGGAGCAGUAUCUGCUCUGUGGCCGCCUACCUGGGGCGGGUAGAUCCGUGGUAUGACUGCAACAUCACCAGCCUCGGAUACAUGAUUCCACAGAUGGCGAGAACGCAAUCGAACAUUUCCAGUUCCUCGGAGCCCAGCCCUUUCCUGGUGGACGUGAUCUCCUACUAUAUCCGCACUGCGCUUCAGCCUGUCUUCUUCACCAUCUACACUGUCAAGAUCUGCUUCUCCUACCCGAAGGACCCAGUCGAAGAUGUUUUCAUCUCCAACCUGGAGGCCGAAUUCCCGGAGAUCAGCCACAAAGAUGCAUCUAUCAGACACAAGAAGACUGUUACAGAAACGUACGGGGCGUUCAUCUCCAUUAGCUACAGAAAGGCUUCCCUAAGCAACAGAGAGAUAGAAAAGAAUAUUUUACUAAGAACAACAGAAGUGCAUGUCAAUGCGAUUCCACCCAGUGAAACAGAAGAUCUCGACUGGCUGACUGUAUAUUUCGCUGACUCCAAAUCAAAAAACAGCACGGAGACCAAAAUCAGGACAUGUAACAUUAAAUUCCAGUCACUUGAGAAUAAAAGUUUCAAUGUUUGUCUUGACAAAGAUUCACGCCGGACUUUUAAAGACGUUCAAAGUAUUGAAAUCACCCCAUGUGUGGAUCCAGGAUACAGUGUCCAGAAGAGCGCAAAUAAUAAAUUCAGCCUUGGUGGAGAGAAGCACCCUGGACUGUGCAAGUACAUGAGCAAAGCCCUUCUUCUGCCCCUCAAUACCUUUGCAGGAAUUAUCCACUGACCAGGGGACUUAGGGGGAAAGGGUGAAUCAUCUGCAGAGGCUUACGCUGAAGUUCACAUCAGCCACUGACUCUUUACCCACCUCUGUAUCAACCACCCACCGCCUCCAGUAAGGAGCUGAACUCUCCACAGUAGUUAGCAUACUGUAAGUCUCUCGCUGAUGGUUGAU